CACCUUGACCCUACGCUCCAGCGCGCACCCGGUAGCUGGGACCUCUGGUUUCUGGGCCCCCCGGGAACCCCAACACAAACCAGCGUAAAGCGCGCGUGCCCAUCUCAGACGGGUGUUCGGUGGGUGGUGAAUGCUUGCCCGGGACUUGUGGGGGGCUUUAGUGGAGCCCCGAGCCUUGGUGCAGAGUGUCUCAAGAGGCUUGGAGAACCAGAGUUCACAGUUGCCAACCAAGAAAACUUGAAAAUGAGCAGCCGACGGAAACGUGCUCCCCCAGUGAGAGUUGAUGAAGCAAAGCAACAGCAGCUUCGCUGGAAUAUGCAUGAAGACAGAAGGAAUGAGCCUCUCAUCCUAACUGAUGAGGAGCACCCCUGCUCAGGUUCAGAUUUCUCUUCUGCUCACUGCAUCAUCCUCGGUGAUAGCCUACAAGAAGAAGUGGCUCACAGAGAUAAGAAGAGGUGUUUGGAAGCAGUGAGCAUCGCAAAAUCGGUUGAUAAAGAAGAGACCAGUGGCAUUCUUUCUCCUCUGUCUGUAAAGCUGAAUAUUGUGAUUUCUCCCUAUCACUUUGAUAAUUCUUGGAGGGCAUUUCUAGGAGAAUUCACUCUUCAGCUCCUUCCCGAACAGAGUUUAACUGAAGAUUUUUCAGAAAGGAGUUUUACACUGAUGAGUUCAGAGUCAAGCGGUCAGUUCCUGAUUUAUGUUAAUUCAGAAAGUGAAGAUGCAGAGAAACAAGAAAAAGGACUCAACAAGCCAGUCAGUAUUUGUGAUAAUGGUAUUCGAGUGGAAUCAUCUUUCAGUGGUGAAAUGCUUGAAGAUUUGGGGUGGCUACAAAAGAAGAGAAGAAUAAAACUUUACCAAAAACCAGAAGGGAAUCACAUUAUUAAGGUUGGAAUUUAUCUUUUGGAAGGUGGCCUAGCAAAACUAGACUUUUUGAGUGAUGCAAAUUCAAGAAUGAAGAAGUUUAAUCAGCUUAUGAAAAGAGUGAUGGAAAAGUUGUACAAUUUUAUUAUUCCAGAUGUGUUGGAAGAGGAUGAAGAAGAUUCAGAGAGUGAGCCAGAGGGACAGGACAUCGAUGAGCUCUAUCAGUUUGUGAAGCAGACACAUCAGCAAGAAACGCAGUCCAUCCAAGUGGAUGUCCAGCAUCCUGCGUUGAUUCCUGUGCUGAGACCAUACCAAAGAGAGGCUGUCAAUUGGAUGCUACAACAAGAGCAUUUCAGAAGCGCUCCUGCUAGUGAAAAUACCCUGCAUUUCUUAUGGCAAGAGAUUGUUACAUCUGAGGGUUUGAAACUCUACUACAAUCCGUACACAGGCUGCAUCAUCCGUGAUUACCCAAAUGCUGGGCCACAGUUGCUUGGCGGAAUCUUAGCAGAUGAGAUGGGUCUUGGAAAGACAGUGGAGGUUUUGGCUCUGAUUCUGACACAUACCCGACAAGAUGUCAAACAAGAUGCUCUCACUCUUCCUGAGGGAAAAGUGGUGAAUUAUUUCAUUCCAUCACAUCAGUCUGGAGGAAAAGUAAAAAACACAGAAACCCCAAAUACGGAAUUUGAACCAAAAGAAAAAGUUCAGUGUCCCCCUACACGUGUGAUGAUCCUGACGGCUGUGAAAGAAAUGAAUGGAAAAAAAGGAGUUUCCAUCCUUUCCAUCUAUAAGUAUGUCAGUUCUAUAUAUAGAUACGAUGUUCAGCGGAACAGGAGUCUUCUGAAACGGAUGCUGAAAUGUUUAAUUUUUGAAGGUCUUGUGAAACAGAUCAAAGGGCAUGGUUUUUCUGGGACUUUUACAUUGGGGAAGAAUUACAAGGAAGAAGAUACAUAUGAUAAAACAAAAAAGCAGGCAAUAGGGAGUCCAAGGAAAAUUCAGAAAGAAUCCAGAAAAUCAGGGAACAAAGACACAGAUUCUGAAUACUUGCCAUCAAACACAUCUGAUGAUGAUGAUGAUCCUUAUUAUUAUUACUAUAAGCCUCGGAAAAAUCGUAGUAAAUUCAAGAAAAAGCCUGUUCUAUCCACAAAAAAGGGAAAAGGUCAGCCUAAUAUCAAUCUCAGUUCACAAGAUCACUGUCCAGCUACCAGUGACUCUGGAAUUACUGAUGUUACCACAUCUAAAAGUACAUGUAUCUUUGAAAUCAAGGAAGAACGUGGAGCAAAGGACCAAGCUGAAUCUUUAAACCCUACCGACGGUGAUGUGCCACAAUCUAAUAUCAGGAGUCCCUGUAAUUCCUCAGAUUAUCGCUUUGAGUGCAUAUGUGGUGAGCUUGAUCAGGUAGACCGUAAACCUCGUGUUCAGUGCCUGAAAUGCCACCUAUGGCAACAUGCAAAAUGUGUGAAUUAUGAAGAGAAGAAUCUGAAGAUUAAGCCUUUUUACUGCCCCCAUUGCCUUGUUGCAAUGGAGCCAGUAUCAACACGAGCAACUCUGAUCAUCUCGCCCAGUUCCAUUUGUCAUCAGUGGGUGGAUGAAAUCAACAGGCACGUGAGGUCAUCAUCUCUUCGAGUCUUGGUAUAUCAAGGAGUGAAGAAAGAUGGUUUUUUACAGCCUCACUUUUUGGCUGAACAGGAUAUAGUUAUCAUUACCUAUGAUGUCCUUCGUUCAGAACUUAACUAUGUAGAUAUCCCACAUAGCAACAGUGAGGAUGGGCGUCGUUUACGGAACCAGAAGCGCUAUAUGGCCAUUCCCAGCCCCCUAGUAGCUGUGGAGUGGUGGAGGAUCUGCCUUGAUGAAGCCCAGAUGGUUGAAUGUCCUGCUGUAAAAGCUGCAGAAAUGGCUCAGCGCUUGAGUGGGAUUAAUCGCUGGUGUAUCAGUGGCACUCCAGUACAGAGAGGAUUGGAGGAUCUUUUUGGGUUGGUGGUCUUUCUUGGUAUUGAACCUUACUGUGUCAAACACUGGUGGGUUCGACUUCUCUAUCGCCCUUACUGCAGGAAGAAUCCUCAGCUCCUCUACAGCUUUAUUGCCAAGAUACUAUGGAGGUCUGCAAAGAAAGAUGUGAUUGACCAAAUCCAGAUACCCCCUCAGACAGAAGAAGUCCACUGGCUUCACUUUUCUCCAGUGGAAAGACAUUUCUAUCACCGCCAGCAUGAAGUGUGCUGCCAGGAUGCAGUAGUAAAGCUCAGGAAGAUUUCUGACUGGGCACUGAAGCUCAGCAGCCUGGACCGAAGGACGGUCACCUCCAUUCUAUAUCCACUGCUGAGGCUCAGGCAGGCCUGCUGCCACCCACAGGCCGUUCGUGGGGAGUUUUUGCCACUCCAGAAAAGCACCAUGACAAUGGAAGAGCUGCUAACAUCUCUACAGAAGAAAUGUGGAACAGAGUGUGAAGAAGCACAUCGGCAACUAGUCUGCGCUCUCAAUGGCUUAGCAGGCAUCCACAUCAUUAAAGGUGAGUAUGCCGUGGCAGCAGAACUGUACAGAGAAGUGUUGCGUUCAUCUGAGGAACACAAAGGAAAGCUCAAAACCGAUUCACUCCAAAGACUUCAUGCUACCCAUAACUUGAUGGAAUUGUUGGUAGCCAAGCAUCCAGGAAUACCUCCUACCUUACGAGAUGGCAGACUUGAAGAAGAGGCCAAACAGCUGCGAGAGCAUUACAUGAGCAAGUGUAACACGGAAGUUGCAGAAGCACAGCAGGCUGUGCAGCCGGUGCAGCAGACCGUCCGGGAGCUCCAGAGAAAGAUUUAUUCAAAUUCUCCUUGGUGGCUGAAUGUGAUCCACAGAGCAAUAGAAUUCUCUAUUGACGAGGAACUUGUUCAGCGAGUGCGAAAUGAAAUAACCAGCCACUACAAGCAACAAACUGGGAAGCUUUCUAUGUCAGAGAAGUUCCAUGACUGCAGAGGUCUUCAGUUCUUACUUACAACACAAAUGGAAGAGCUGAAUAAAUUCCAGAAGCUAGUAAGAGAGGCUGUAAAAAACCUGGAGGGACCUCCAUCUCGUAAUGUUAUUGAAUCAGCAACAAUCUGCCACCUCCGACCAACCAGACUUCCUCUCAACUGUUGUGUCUUUUGUAAGGCGGAUGAAUUGUUCACAGAGUAUGAAUCAAAGCUGUUUUCCCACACAGUCAAAGGCCAGACUGCAAUAUUUGAGGAGAUGAUAGAAGAUGAAGAAGGACUGGUGGAUGAUCGAAUACCCACCACCAGCCGGGGUUUGUGGGCAGUAAGUGAGACAGAGCGAUCUAUGAAAGCAUUGCUAUCAUUUGCAAAAUCACAUAGAUUUGAUGUUGAAUUCAUUGAUGAAGGAAGUACUUCAAUGGAUCUUUUUGAAGCAUGGAAAAAGGAAUAUAAGUUGCUUCAUGAAUAUUGGAUGGCUCUAAGGAAUCGUGUAUCUGCUAUUGAUGAACUUGCAAUGGCUACAGAACGACUGAGAGUGCGUCAUCCUAGGGAGCCAAAGCCCAACCCACCUGUUCUUCAUAUCAUUGAACCACAUGAGGUAGAACAAAAUCGUAUAAAACUACUAAAUGAUAAAGCUGUUGCUACAUCACAACUUCAGAAGAAACUUGGGCAGCUUCUUUACCUAACUAACUUGGAGAAGUCUCAAGAUAAAACAUCAGGAGGCAUUAAUCCAGAACCUUGUCCAAUCUGUGCUCGGCAGCUGGGAAAACAGUGGGCAGUACUGACCUGUGGACACUGCUUCUGUAAUGAAUGCAUCUCAAUUAUUAUUGAACAGUACAGCGUAGGGUCUCACAGAAGCUCCAUUAAGUGUGCCAUCUGCCGCCAGACCACAUCUCACAAAGAAAUCUCGUACGUCUUCACCUCAGAGAAAGCCAGCCAGGAAGAGGACAUCCCUGUGAAGGGCAGCCAUUCUACCAAAGUGGAAGCUGUGGUCAGAACUCUGAUGAGAAUCCAGCUCAGAGACCCGGGCGCUAAAGCACUGGUCUUCUCAACGUGGCAAGAUGUAUUAGAUAUUAUUUCAAAAGCCCUCACUGACAACAACAUGGAAUUUGCUCAGAUCAGCCGUGUUAAGACAUUUCAGGAGAACCUCUCAGCAUUUAAACAUGAUCCCCAAAUCAAUAUUUUGCUGCUGCCCCUGCACACAGGUUCUAACGGAUUAACUAUCAUUGAAGCAACUCAUGUUCUCUUGGUGGAGCCCAUUUUGAACCCUGCCCACGAGCUUCAGGCCAUUGGGAGGGUACACCGAAUUGGACAGACCAAACCUACUAUUGUACACAGAUUCUUAAUUAAGGCAACAAUAGAAGAAAGAAUGCAAGCCAUGCUGAAAACUGCUGAGAAGAGUCACACGAACUCAUCGGUGAAGCAUCCAGAGGCCUCUGUCUUAACCUUGGCUGAUCUGGCAGACCUGUUUACCAAAGAAACUGAAGAACUUGAAUGAAGUACACUUGAUUCAAUCCACAGACUUUAAUGACUUCUCUCAAGGACUAGUAUUUGAUCUUUGGAACAAGAGAAUGUCAUAUUUACAUAAGCAAAUAAUUGCAACUGAUAACAACUGAGUGUUUCUUCUUCUGUGAAGAAUUAAUGGACUUUGAAGUCACUAAAGAAGGAGUAGCUUGUUUUAUCCUAGCCAUUUGAUGUAAUACAGAGGUUCUUGUUUUGUUUUCUUUGAGCCUUCAGAGUUUUAAAUGACCCUCAGGACUCAUUAGCUCCUACUCAGCUGCCCAGAAAACUGUAAUAGAAAUAUCCCUUAUAUCAUAUUUGUCCAAGAAGCUUUGGUGCUUAGUUAAGGUGCAUUUUCUUAUUCUAGGUUUAUAGGGUGACAUAAUUCAACUGAAGAAAACACACACAUGUUUUUGGUGCUUAUUCCUCAGUCGAAGGAAGAUAUGCAUCAAUUCUUUUAUAUGAAAUUAAACAAAACUAUUAUUUUUGUAGCUCUUUACAUAUUACAAAGAGCUUUCCUAUACAUUCACAUUCAGCUUUAAUUUGCCCAAUAAUCCUGUGAAGUUGAUGUAACUAUUAUCAUUCCUGUUUUGAAGUUGGAGAACCAAGGUUCAGAAAUACAGAGAGCCAUGCUUGUGACACGUAGCAAGGAAGCAGUGGAACCCAGGUCCCCUACUCCAAAUCUCAUGGUCUUUCUGUAAAUCCUGUGUCAUACUGAGAUUCAGAAGGCCCAUGGUUGUAAUUUAAUGAUGAGCAUGUUUCAGUAUUUCUGUUUGUUUCCUAGUAUUCCUUUUUGAGCUAAAGUUUUAGGGAAAACAAUUUGAUAUGCUUCAAUUUUGUAAAAAAAGAAAAAAUAUAUAUAUAUAAAUAUACCUAUCUGUAUUAGAAAAAAAAAAAAACGUUCUUAUUUAUUUCUGUAAGAUAUCAUUAAUUAAAUAAAUAUUUUAGUGGAAAUUGAAACUUGGG